UCUGUAUAUCUACAUUUAAUAGGGUUAAUAAAACUCACAAUGACCGAAAUCAUACAAGGAACAUGUUUAUCGAUGUGCCCAGAAAAAGAACGUUGGAUGAGAGAAAGGAAGUGUUUGCUGCAUAAUUUCGAAAUUGACGAGAGUACGAAAGGUUCGAAGCGACCAAAAGCUGAUCCAAUGAAAGUCGUGAAAAGCUUCGGACGUCCGGCAGCUGGUUUGAAUAUGACAGAUCCGAAUCAAUUACGCCCUGCAUCUAUAUUAUUAGCAACCAUUAGAUAUUUAUUUACCAAAAUAACCACGCGAACCGACGUUGAUUGGACGGUGACAUAUGAUUUUGUGUUUGACCGUUUAAGAGCUGUGAGACAAGAUGUUGUGAUUCAAAGGAUCGAUGUUUCUGCAAGCAUUUCAAUUUUUGAACCUAUCGUUCGAUUUUUGAUUUAUUCCGCGCAAAGAUUAUGCACUCGGACUAUAUCCGAAUUUGAUGCAACACUUAACAAUAAACACAUUUCCGAAUGUAUAUCGCAUUUACUAGCUCUGUACGACGAAUGGGAUAAAGUCGAUGGUUCAAAACUUGACAAACUUGUGGAAAAACUGAAAUUGAGCGACGAUCGUCAGCAAAUGGAAGCGUUGUAUAUUAUUUUGAACAUGGGAAAUACUGAAGCUUUAACUAGGGCAUUGACUCUUCCACUCACUUUAAGACGGUCUUCGGAUGUUCAAUUAGCAAUGAAAAUAUCAUUCGCCUGGUAUCUGAGAAAUUACGCACGCGUUUGCAGUUUAAUUCAACAACUCUCCCCAAUACUUGUAUGCGCUGCCAUGAUUAAUAUAUCAAACAUUAGAAGGACAGCUUUGAGAAUUAUGAGCUCCGGAUAUAAUAGCAAAGUAUUCACGUUUCCGGGAAUGAAAUUACAAGAACUUCUAUUGUACAAAGACAUACAGAUUGUUGAAAAGGAUUGCAAAUUGUAUGGACUAGAAUUCACUGAACAGAAUAUUUUGUUGGAAAAAGCUAAAUUCAAAGGGGACGUACAAUCGGUGAAUUCAGAAAUGUAUUUCACUGAGAAAACACUGCACGAUUAUCUGCCUCGUAUUCUUCUCGAGUAUUUGUAACGUUUUGUAGCACGAAAACUACAUACACGACG